AUGCUGGUGACAUCUCCAGCUUCAGACUUCCUCCGCACAACCAGGGCCCCUGGCAUUGUCGGGCUUGGCGGUGCCCCAAGCACUUCCCGCGACGAAAUGAGACAGCUACUGCACAGAGGACAAGGUUUUCUCCUGCAGGCUUACCGGCAGACCAAGGCAUCAGCGGGGACGUCGGGGCUGAGCAGCAUGUACGGUCUCUUCACGUUGAUGGGUCAAGCCGAGGUCCCCCUUCUUGAGCUGUUGGACCGCCUGGACAGCCAAGUCCUCGAGGAGAUCUACUUGCCGGACUCAGUGACCCACAGCGCCUCUCCCUUCUAUGUGCACGUGCUGCCAACGCGGAAUGUAGAGUCAAAUCACGUGCGGACGUUCUUCAACCUGCAUUGUGACCAAACCUUCAAGGACCUCGUUUCGGAGCAUCGAAGCCUACUGCGGCCGUUAAAGGUCGUGGAGAUCGGCAGCCAUUUGGGAGGCUGCAUUUUAUGGGCCUUGACACACCUGCCAGAACAGACCCGUGGCCUUGCUGUGGAUGCCUACCCUCCCGCAGUCGCUGCACUGCGUCGCACUGUGCAACAGAACCAUUUGUCAGACCGUCUGGAGGUAGUUGAAAGCUUCGUGUGCCUCCGUGACGGAAAAGAUGGAAGACAUUUUGUGGUGUCACAUCGCCAAACCGGCAAGCACCUGGUGCAACCAGCAUGGGAGGAGGUCACCGAUGAGGUGGUGGCUUCUGAUGCAAGUCAGGUGGAAUGCACGAGUCUUCAGGCGCUUCUGGAAGAACAGCACAUCGAACAGGUUGACAUACUUCGGAUACAUGUCCUGGGGCGCGAAUUCGAUGCUCUCCGCUCUGCCGAGAAGUUCUUGCGAGCUGGAAAGGUCAAAGCCCUUGCAAUCUCCGUCUCCAAGGAGAGCAUCGAGCUCGAGGCCAUGGCAACCCCCUCAGCUGUUGGUUCUGGGUACAUUCUACAGCUGGAAGGAUUUGCCAACUUGGACGUCCAGAACAUCUUCCGAGCACAGCAGCAGUGUUCAGACGAUGAUUGCCAGAUAUCCACGGUAAUUUGCAGCAGCCAAGAGGAGGCAAGCCUGCGCUGGUUCUCUACGGAGGAUGCUUCUGGAGAGUCCUUGACGUUCGGCAAGGGAUGCCCAGUGCUAAGGGCUGGCGGUCUUCUUUGUGCCAUUGCUGUGGGCUCACUGCUAUGUGAAGGCUUCGUUAGAAGCCCAGAAACGGUCGUGCCACGCAGAGCUGCGGCCGCAGCCUCGCACCGGAGUCGGCGAUGCGUUGUUGAUGCAGUCGCCUGGUUUGCAGCGGCCGGUGUUACAGAAGCGACAGCAGCACCCAUUCAGUUCAACGCGCAGUUGGCUGGGGACUUGAGCGAGGCCCAGAAACGAAGCAUCAAGGCAUACCUUGAGAAGAACAAGGAUGCUCCGACUGUUGAUGUGGUCAUUGGUGAGCGGCCGAUGAAGGUCUACGUGAAGCCGACGGCUGAGGAGCUCAGGCACGAGUGGCAAGUGUACGUCCUGAUCUCGGCGAUCGUCUUAUUGAUGCGGAGACAGCAGCGAAGAUGGUUCAGGACUGCAAGCACGGAGCCAAGCCAAGUCUCCGACCUUCCCACCACACGCGAUGCGCUCCAGGACGGGGCUGUCCUCGUGGACGUUCGCACACGCGAAGAGGUCUUGGAGCAGACCGGAGGCGAGCUUCCCAAGGUCGCUGCUUUGGUGCCCCUGGACGAGUGGGCAGGGCGCGCUCCGCCGCCGCUCAUGCGAGGCAAGAAGGUCAUCCUGACGUGUUUCCACGGCAACAAGAGUGUGCUGGCUUGGGAAUCUUUGCGCUCCCAGUUCGUGGAUGCCUAUGUGCUGGACGAUGGGGUUGCGGGCUGGAAGGCUGCAGGUUUGUCUACACGCACAGUUUGA